CACAGCUUGUUAGAAAACAAUGAGUUGGGUCCGUCGGCCUCACCUUAGGGGUACCUGUGCGUCGGAGAAGGGAGGCCGCUCUGCAGCCUGAGGGCGGUUUUUCAGGCGAAGUCGCGGAGCUGGAGACGCGCGGAGGCGUCGGGUUCCGCGCGGCGCCGCUCUCGCCCCGCGCGGGGACGCUGUGAGCCCCCCCCUCCCCGCCCCCGCUGCAGCCUGUGGCUUCCCGCGCCGCUCCAGGUCGGUUUUUGCCGGCGACUCCAGUGUGACUUCCAAACUCCCGGGCUCUGGGCACACCUCGGAAUUUGCCCCCGCCUCCCGCCUGUUCCCCUCGGGGCCCAGGAAGUCGCGAGCGCCCCAGGGGUCGCCCGAGGAGUGGGCUCGGGACCGCGGGCAGCGCAGCCUGCAGGAGGGCGCCGCCGGCAGCGAUGAAGCCAUCUUGGCUGCAGUGUCGCAAAGUCACCGGCGCCGGGGGACUCGGGGGGUCCCUGCCCGCGUCCUCUCCCGCCCGGGGAGCCGGCCCGGCCCGCAGGGCGUACGUGGCCCCCGGCCCACGGGGCGCUCUCGGGGGCCGGGGCUGCCGGGCGCUGUCCUCGGGCGGCUGCGAGUACAAGACCCACUUCGCGGCCUCGGUGGCCGACCCCGAGAGGUUCUGGGGCAAAGCCGCGGAGCAGAUCAGCUGGUACAAGCCCUGGACCAAAACGCUGGAGAACAGACAUUCGCCUUCCACCAGUUGGUUUGUGGAAGGGAUGCUUAACAUUUGUUACAAUGCCAUCGAUCGUCAUAUUGAAAAUGGUAAAGGAGAUAAGAUUGCUAUCAUUUAUGACAGUCCUGUUACAAACACUAAAGCCACUAUUACCUAUAAAGAAGUCCUGGAGCAGGUCUCUAAGCUGGCUGGUGUUUUGGUCAAGCAUGGUGUCAAGAAGGGUGACACCGUGGUUAUCUACAUGCCCAUGAUCCCCCAGGCGAUGUACACCAUGCUGGCGUGUGCUAGGAUAGGAGCCAUCCAUAGUCUCAUAUUUGGGGGAUUUGCAUCCAGAGAACUAAGCAGUCGCAUUGAUCAUGCAAAGCCCAAGAUCGUUGUUACAGCAUCGUUUGGCAUUGAACCUGGAAAGAAGGUAGAAUACAUACCACUUCUGGAAGAAGCUCUGAGAAUAGGACAACACAAGCCAGAUAAAGUUCUCAUUUAUAAUCGUCCAAAUAUGGAGCCAGUUCCUUUGGCUCCAGGUCGUGACCUUGAUUGGGAUGAAGAGAUGGCAAAAGCACAGUCACAUGAUUGUGUUCCUGUUCUUUCCGAACAUCCACUGUAUAUUCUUUACACAUCUGGAACAACGGGGUUGCCAAAGGGUGUGGUGAGGCCCACUGGAGGAUACGCUGUAAUGCUUAACUGGUCAAUGUCUUCUGUAUAUGGACUUAAACCUGGAGAGGUGUGGUGGGCAGCUUCUGACUUAGGCUGGGUUGUUGGACAUUCCUAUAUCUGUUAUGGACCUCUUCUACAUGGAAACACAACAGUUUUAUAUGAGGGGAAGCCUGUGGGAACACCGGAUGCUGGCGCUUAUUUUCGUGUGCUCGCGGAGCAUGGAGUAGCUGCCUUGUUUACAGCGCCAACUGCAAUUAGAGCAAUCCGUCAACAGGACCCUGGGGCAGCCUUGGGGAAGCAGUACUCUCUGACAAGGUUCAAAACAUUAUUUGUGGCUGGAGAACGAUGUGACGUGGAGACCCUGGAAUGGUCCAAAAAGGUCUUCAGAGUACCUGUCCUAGACCAUUGGUGGCAAACUGAGACUGGUUCCCCAAUUACAGCGUCAUGCAUUGGAUUAGGUAGUUCUAAAACACCUCCUCCAGGGCAAGCAGGAAAAAGUGUUCCAGGAUACAAUGUUAUGAUUUUGGAUGACAACAUGCAAAAACUGAAGGCUCGGUGUUUAGGAAACAUUGUGGUAAAGUUGCCAUUACCACCUGGAGCUUUUUCAGGACUCUGGAAGAAUCAGGAGGCAUUCAAGCAUUUAUACUUUGAAAAAUUUCCUGGAUACUAUGACACCAUGGAUGCUGGUUACAUGGAUGAAGAAGGUUACAUAUAUGUUAUGUCUCGAGUUGAUGACGUGAUAAAUGUUGCAGGUCACAGGAUUUCUGCAGGUGCCAUUGAAGAGUCUGUCCUUUCCCAUGGCACUGUGGCCGACUGCGCUGUUGUUGGCAAGGAAGACCCUUUGAAAGGUCACGUCCCGUUAGCACUCUGCGUGCUGAAAAAAGAUAUAAGUACAACAGAGGAACAAGUCUUAGAAGAAAUUGUGAAACAUGUUAGACAGAGCAUUGGCCCCGUGGCUGCUUUUCGAAAAGCGGUGUUUGUGAAACAGUUACCCAAAACCAGAUCUGGCAAAAUUCCCCGCUCAGCUCUGUCUGCCCUUGUCAAUGGCAAGCCAUAUAAGGUAUCUCCUACAAUUGAAGACCCCAGCAUUUUUGGGCACAUAGAAGAAAUGCUGAAGCAGGCAUUAUGACUCUUUUUUCUUUUUUUGUCACUUUUCUAAUUGGAGUUAGUUUUUGGAAUUAUUUCCCAGAAAUAAAUAUUUAAAUAGAAAUUACAUGCAAACUGAAAUGUAAAUUGUAGAGCUUGGUCUAAAAACAAUGUACGUGAAGACUAGUAAAAGGCCUUCUGUUUGAUUAGCCCAAUUAGCACUGUUACUGGUUACCUGUAACAUUGCUCAUUAUAGAUUUUCAAGAACUUCAAUUUAAGAAAAAUAUAUCUGACAUACGAUUUAUAAAAAUUGUACCCCCCCAAAAAAACAUUUUAAUUGAAAGUGACACUGAUAUUGAGCCACUUCCUGCAAUUAGGACUCUGCAGCUUUGACCCAAGACCUAAAACUCAAGUGAAGUCAGAAAACAAUUAUAAUUUUCUUAUAGAAAUUCUGAAUAUUUUCUAAUAUUCUUGAGAUGCCCACAUGCAUGGUUAUUUUAAAUGAAAUGGAUGAAAUGGGAAGUUUUAGGUAAUCAUCUAGACAUGAUUUUCUAGGUAGGAGAAUCUGUCUAGUCACGCAUUUCCUGAGGGAAGGCUGGGUACCAACCAAGGUACAGCUCUCUUCAAUCCUUUGUUACUUAGUCAAGGGAAAUCACAGGCUGGCAGAGAGCAUAGAGGUCAAUUAAUCCAGUCUCUUUGUCAUGGAGAUGAGGGCUCUUUGGAGCCCCUCCUCCUGUCUCAGGUUCUUAGUUGACCGUAUACUUCUUAAUGAUUCCAGCUUCUUUUGGAAACAAGGAAAUGUGUAGAAAUGGGGAAACUGUCAAGGAAAGCUCUUAAGGAAGAAAUGUACAAGUUUUUACAUUAGCUAAAAACCGGGAGGAGUUUUAAGAGAAACCAAAAAUCCAGAUUUUAUGUGAAAUCUCUAAUUUUUAAAUAAUUCAGUAAAAAAAAAUUGUCACAUCCAAAGCACAUCUUUCCAUUUAAACUUCUGUAAAACUAUUGAGCAUUAAAAAAAUAACUGAAAAUUAGUCUUUGUUAAUAAGCUUAUGAUAAUGUGCCAAUUAACCAGAGUAGGUAGAUAGAGAUAAUUACAUACUUGGUUUACUUAGGGUUCUACAUGAGAUCAGUUAUCAAAGAAUACAUUUAAACUCAAAAAAUACCAUACCCACUGAGUCUUUGACGGUUCUUAAAGUACUCCUUGGUCUUUCAGUCCAUCAGGAACAUUAUUUUUAAGAGCAACUGUCUUAACAUAUAGUCUGGUAACAUAUCACAAAAUAUAUAUGAGAGAUAAUAGAUAAGAGCUUAUUGUUUGUUUCAUAAAAAUUGCUUACAACUUGUAUAAAGACAUUCUGAAAAUGUU